GAAGACCGCGCCAAAGCACAGACAGCGGCCACUCUCCGGGAUAAUAACACACCGCAGCGGCCCCUUUAAACUCACUGUACACUUUGUACUCUCAUGCUACACGUCUCUCCACACGGACUUUCUCUUGAUUUACAAGGCGGCUUGUUUUUUGUUGGGAAUACUUGACGUCGAGACACAGGAGUCGGAAUUGAUGCCGGUUUUCGGGAAAUAGUGUGCGACUUAACGGUCGUGACACGACUUUCUCGUCGGGCACCGCGUGCGGCGGAGUUGGCGCACAGCUUGGACUGGACUGCUCGCGCGGUCCGCAGCGCCGUUUCUGAGCCCAUCGCUGUUCUUGCUUCUGGUGACUUUUUAGAACAAGCCGAACAGGAGUCGUUUGCGCCGGCAUCGUUCAGCUCGAAUAUGCUGCUGUCAAAGUUUGGUUCAUUUUCGCACAUUUGCACUCCCUCGAGUAUGGACCACCUACCAGUGAAGAUCCAGCUCCCGCCCGUCAAAGUGGAGAAGGAGCCUUUCGAGAAAGUUUACCAAGUGGGCUCGGUGCUCGGCAGCGGAGGGUUCGGGACGGUGUACGCCGGCAGCCGGAUUUCUGACGGCGCACCGGUCGCUGUGAAACAUGUCGCGAAGGAGCGAGUAACAGAGUGGGGCACAAUUAACGGAGCUAUGGUGCCGCUGGAAAUCCUGCUGCUGAAGAAGGUCAGCUCGUCUUUUCGGGGAGUUAUAAAGCUGCUGGACUAUUAUGAGCGUGCGGACGGCUGGCUCAUCGUCAUGGAGAGGCCGGAGCUGGUGAAGGACCUGUUCGACUUCAUCACCGAGAAGGGAGCCCUGGACGAAGACACGGCGCGGGGCUUUUUCUGCCAGGUUCUGGAGGCGGUCAGGCACUGCUACAGCUGCGGAGUAGUACACAGAGACAUCAAAGAUGAAAACCUGCUGGUGGACCUACGCACCGGGGAGCUCAAGCUUAUUGAUUUUGGCUCAGGGGCGAUUCUCAAGGACACGGUCUACACUGAUUUCGACGGUACAAGAGUCUACAGCCCGCCAGAGUGGAUCCGCUUCCACAGAUACCACGGCAGGUCGGCAACGGUGUGGUCGCUAGGCGUGCUGCUCUACGACAUGGUGUGCGGAGACAUCCCCUUCGAGCAAGACGAUGAGAUCCUCAAGGGGAGGCUUUACUUCAGGAGAAGGAUCUCAGCUGAGUGCCAGCAGCUGAUCAAAUGGUGCCUGGCCCUGCGGCCCUCCGACCGGCCCACUCUGGAGCAGAUCUGCGACCACCCCUGGAUGAGGAACGCGGAGGAGUCGCCCAAGUCGCCAGAGGAGCCCGCGGCGGGAGAAAUCCGCCUCAGAACCAUCGACACGGACUCUUCGUCAAGCACAAGCUCGAGCAAGGAAAGCCUCUGAGCGCGGCUCUGAUGGGACUCAGUGGACUUUGUGAAGAAAUAAAGGGGAGAUGGGGGGUGAGGGGGGUGAAAAGAGGGGACAGACAAGGCCUUCUGCCCACCCAGAACUGUCAGCGGCCAUGUGCUUCACUCAUCUGGCCCAGAGAGAAAACAACAGGAAAUAAGAAUACUUUCAUUUUUUUUCCUCUUUUGUAGGGAAUUUCUUAUUUAUUUUUGUUGGUUACACUUUAUCUUAUUUGUCCCCAUCCCCCCCUUUUUUGUUUCAAUUCAGUUCAUUAUACUUGUUUCCAAAUGGGGAACAUUUUGCUGUUUGGGUGGUCUUACCAGCACUAUUUAUUUUCCCUCCCUUUCUUUAUAUUACUAGGCAGAUAUAUAUGUAUAUGUAUGUAUAUUGAUACAUACAUAUACAUAUAUAGAGCUGGCAAGGCCCUCCUAUUCAGACUGCUCUCAUAGAGCUUCGAGAAGAGUUUUUAUUUAAAUGUUUUAAUUUUGGAGUGCCUUUUUUUUGGAAAGCUGCUUUUCUUGGGGGACUUUUUUUGUCAACAACCAACAGUGAGGGUAUGGGGGGGGGUUACGGCCUGUGGCGUGGUGGUUAGAUUGUCUGUGCUGUGAUGGAAGAGGCUUCAAGAAGUAUAUAUUUUUUUUAUUAUUAUUAUUUUAUGUGACAUUUUUGACCCCCCCUUCUCUUCAUCACUGUAAGCCAACGCCUCCUGAUCUGAGAGGCGGAGGUGGAGUUUAAGUGGAGAGAGGAUUGGGUGGGGUUCUUGAGGGGUUGCAGAAGGGGGGGGGUGGACUGUUUCUUACAACAAAAUACUUGAAAGCACCUCUUGUCGAUCUCUGUAAACGCUGCUUAUUCACGCUAUAGCCUGAACAGGUGUUUUGUAAACCGAAUCCUGUCUUUUCUGAAUGUCUACGAAAUGUCAAUAUACACCUUCGUUCUCUCCCCUCCUGCCCCCCGCGCUCCAUCUUUUCCCUCCCCCAUGCCUGUUGCAGGGCGAAGAUGGGGAGGGGUGCUGGUACUUCUUUUUGCCUCCCACCAUCUCACUGCUUGACACCACGUGCCCACCUUCCUCCCGCCCCUCCACGCCCCGGGCCUCCCUAAGGGUUUGGGGGGUUUAGAUGCACAAUCAAUGCAAUAUUCAUGGGUUCAAUUGUUUUUCUUUUUUUUUUUUCCAUCAAAUAUUGUACAGAGUAUUUUUAUUUUAUUUUACCAUCCUCUUUUUUUUUUUUUUGUGUGCGUGUAAAAAAUUUUUCUCUCUCUUCAUUUGCAUUUAAUUUAUUCAUAAACAUGUAGACAUUCCACACUCUGUGGCUAUUUAUUUAUUUAUUGUCUAUGCUUAAAAAUCCUCCCUGCCCCUCCACAAACACACAAAGAUUUGCAUAACCCACUUGGCCUUUGGUUUGCAUUCCUAUAACCUAUUUUUACAUUUCAACUUUUUUUUUUUUUUUUCUGAGAUGUUGAGGAUGCACUGAAGCAGAAUAAAAAGACGUUUACUUAAAUUUAAGCAGAGCAUUUGAAUGUUAUUUAAUUUACUUUAAAGGAAUAAAAGUCUGUUGGUAAUGUUAAAUGACUACGUAUCAGAGUAAUAAAUCUGGUUUGUGUACUGUCCAGGUUAAUUUAAGUUCUAUGGCAAACUAAACAAUAGGCAGAGCAUUUUUUUUUGUUUUGUCACAUAGCCUAUAAAUGAGACAUUUCACUUUAGCUGUGUGACCUGUGUGAAGGAUGGAUAUUGCUAUUUUUUGAUACAGAAGUUUCAAUUAAACACCCAUUUUUAUGUACAGAAA